AUGUAUCAGGCUCUGAAUACACUUGAGAAACAUCCUCAUUGCGUUUCCCAGUACAUAUUCCGCAAAUUGAUGGGGCACGAUAUUGAUGAGAUUCUUUUCAAGGUUCAACAGCCGAAGAGAUUGUCGGCUCCUGGGCUUCCUGAACUGAAUCACAGUCAGAUGCAUGCUGUCAAAGCUGUACUGAUGAGACCUCUGAGCCUCAUUCAAAGACCUCCAGGAACUGGAAAGAUCUACCACGAACUCAUCAUGACAGCGAAAGAAUACAUGCAAUGUGUUAAUGCAGUCGACGCAGUUUGGUUGGCAGAACUUGGCCCUAUGUUCUAUUCAGUAAAGGAGUCGAAGACUUCUCGAUCUAAAAAACGAAAGAAAGCGUAA